UCAUAAGCCACCAGAUUUUUUUUCCUUGAAAAAUAUCGUUGAACGUUACAAAUGGGAACACACAGUAUUGUCCUUAUUCGUGAACGUAAACCUAAAAGAAGAGAAACAAGUUUGCUAGGCGGACCAGCUAGAAGUAAAUACUUUUAUGAAUAUUAUGUUUGUGUUUAUUUACACUUUGAUGGAUAUGUCGAAGGUGGUGUGGGUGAAUGGUUGGCUAAUUUUCUCCGCAAAUUUGGACAAGAUUGUUCAACACAAAAUGAUUCAAUGAUUCAAACUUAUGCUGAUACCGGCCUCCUUGGGGCUAAAUUAAUUAACGCCUUCUAUUCGAGUAGUAAGUUGAUUAUGAAUCCACGUCUUGUUCCUAUCGAGUCCUUGGAAAACAUGUUCCAAGUUGAUCACGAAUAUGCGUACAUUAUUACUACCUCGUACGAUGAAAAUGUUGGUAUAAAUGAUAAAUCCAUCAUGUUAAGUGUAUGCGACAAUAAAGAUUUUAUUUUAACUGCACGACCGGAGAAGUUUGUGGAAAAGUACUCGUAUUAUAUGGAACAGAUGGAAAAAAAUAAGAAAUCAUUUGCAGAGAUCAAUUAUGAUGAUGAAGUGGAAAAAGAAGGGUAUCUUUCAGAAGAUCAACUUCUUAUCGAAUUUCUAAAAACCCAUUGAUAAUACAAUGGGUUCUAGCAUGAUUACAAUAGUAAAAUGUAAUCAGAAUUUAAAUCAUAUAUAGUAUUAUAGCAAUAAUUAUUAUUAUUAUUUUUUGUUUAGCUCAUGAAAGCAGAUAAAUAUUGUCAUUUUUUACUUUAAAUAGUUGUAAUUCUUACUAGCACAUUUGAAAUGAGAUUG